AUGCAACAACUACAACUACAACUACAACAACUAAUAUUAGUUACAUUCUUGGUAUUGGCUGCUACUUUAUUCAUUGACAAUGUCAAUGGUGACAAUGUCAUUGGUAACGUGUACUAUUACGACCUUUCCCAAUGUCAAAAGAGUUUGACAGAGGUCAGAUGUUUGAUCGAUAAAAAUGACAACUUUGGACCCAAUGGUGCUUGGUUAGAUGCCGUCGGAAGGACGACCAAUGGUCCAAAUUGUCUCAAUCCAACAGAUUCUAUCAUAAUAUCAACUUCGAGGCAGAUACUUCGUCUCAAUCCUUCACAAGACUAUUACGUAGAGAUUAGGGAUUGCAUAGUUGGAUCGAUUUUGGUCGAAACAGAGUUGAUCAGUUCUCCUCCUAAGUUGAUUGUUGCCGCAACGGUGGAUGUGUUUGCCAACACCGACAUUCAAGUCAAUGGUGUCCAGUCCAUGUUUAUGACCGCCGUCGACAUGACAAUCAAGUCGGUCAGCGUCAGCAGUGCCAAUGUCUUCGACUAUAAUGGACACCUCUCCAUCAAGAGUCUCAGUAUCCUACAGGGCUCUAUGAUACAGGGCAAUGGUUUAUUACCCACAGCCAACAGAACCGAUCAAGUCAAUGGCAUCUUGAUGCCCAAUGUCAGGUUCACCAAUGGCGCCACGAUCAAUGGCGUCACCUACGACAAUGACUUGUCCUACAUUGGCAACGCCCAACUCACUUUUAGUAAGAGUUCCAACAUCCUUAUGGAGUCAGCUACCGAUUCUUUGACGAUCAAUGCCGACAUGAUCAAGGCCACAAUCAAUAGCAAUGCAACAUUGUUUGUCAAUGGCACCAGCAUCAACUUGAUCAAUGUUGGUGAUCAACUAAACAUUGUAGUACUAUCACAACAAAACCCAGUUGUCAACAUCAGCAUGAAGUCUGGACACAUGGAGUCACUGACCCUGAGUGGCGACAAUGAUACCCUAUGUUAUCUCCAUGGUCAAUUCACUAUUGGAACAAUAUUAGGACAGCACCCAUUACUCUUUGAAUAUCAAGUCAUCACUCCAAUCAUUGUGAAUGAACAAUCAAACAUCGUCAUCUCUGCCAAGAACAACAGCACACCAUUCACCAGUGUGACGGUCGACCAGGGCAGCCAACUGACGCUCAACUCGUCCAAUGUGAUCACAACACUCGAGAAACUGGUCGUCAAGGCAUCGUCCACACUCUACCUCCAAUCAUCAGUAGUUGAUGCACAUAACAACGUGACGUUGCAAUCGGGUUCCAAGAUGGUAUUGAUGGAUGGCACUACAAUGUUCGUUCGUCCAUACGUCCAGCAGGACAGUUCCGAUAACUAUAAGCUCACCAACUCAUUCGAGGUCAGCGAUGACAGCGUACUGGAUAUCCGCACGCCACUCAAUGUCAACAACAAUAUGCCAGUGAUCAUUACCAACUUGACCAGCGUCUCAUUGGCAGGCGAGGUGAUCGUGGCCUUGGCCCAGGAGGACCCAGUACCCAGCAAGUUUGUUCUCUUCCUGUUGCCAACACAGGCCAAGCUGCCCAGAGAUGUGACAGCGACAUCUUCAUUGUCAUCCAGUACCGAUGUACGUGGAGUAUCAGCGCCCACUGCCGAUCACAACGAGUUGUCUACAUACUAUGUAGAAGUAUAUACAGUUCCCAAACAUUCAAGAUCAGUGGCAGCAAUUGUAGUUCCAAUCAUCCUGGUGAUGAUCAUUGCACUUGGAGUUGGAGCAUACUUACUUUAUCGUAAACGUAAGAAUAUCAGAAGAAAGAAGGAUGAUCCACUAGAGUACAUCACAUUCCAAACAGUUGAUCCAGAAGAAGACAACCUAUAA